AACUGCAUCAGUUUCUUGGAGGAGAAGCAAGAUGAAGACUUACUACCAGCUGUGUGUCCUCAUUGCCCUGACGUUCAGGGUUCACUCAGGUCCAAUACUGUCAUCUACUGGGAAGGAUCGUGAAGAAUUAGCAACGAAUUACUUGAAGAGAUUAUCCAGAAUGGACGAGGACAACACGCCGUCCUCUGGGCCCAAGGUCAGUAAGAUGCAGGACUUUUUAAAGUUAAAUGUGACAGGAACUCUGGACACUGAAACGAUGGAGAUGAUGAAGAAGCCUCGCUGUGGCGUUCCAGAUGUCGCUUCAUACAAAGACAGAGUUUUAAAUUACAAAUGGUCUACAAAGAACUUGACCUACAGGAUUGAGAAUUACACACCCGAUAUGUCUGUGGCUGAAGUGGACGAUUCUAUAGAGAGAGCGCUGCAAGUCUGGGCUCGAGUCACUCCUCUGAAGUUCACGCGCAUCUACAGUGGUAUAGCCGACAUCAUGAUCUCAUUUACUGUCGGAGAUCAUGGUGAUGGCUCCCCAUUUGAUGGACCUAAUAAUCUCUUGGCUCAUGCAUUUGGCCCCGCUGAUGGCCUCGGCGGAGAUACUCAUUUUGAUGACGACGAGACCUUCACUUUCAAAUCUCCGAAUGGAUACAACUUGUUCUUGGUGGCUGCGCAUGAAUUUGGACACGCCCUGGGCCUUAACCAUUCCAGUGAUCCUGGAGCUCUCAUGAACGCAAGGUACACCUACAGAGAUGUCGACAGCUUCGUCCUUCCUCGAGACGACGUCAGGAAAAUUCAGGCUCUCUAUGGCUCAAACCCUGACAUACCCGAUAAGCCCGAGCCCAUACCUCCGUCCACUCCUAAUGCCUGUGACCCCAGUCUGGUCCUGGACGCCGUUACGACCCUGCGUGGAGAGACGUACUUCUUCAAAAAUAAAUUUUUCUGGCGCCACCACCCUCAGAUCCCUCAAAACGAACAAUUUCUGAUAAAGACCUUCUGGCCCGAGCUUCCAGAUGAUAUCGAUGCUGCUUUUGAGGAUCCAUCAGCUGACUUGGUGUACAUCUUUAAAGGUCAGAAGGUCUGGGCCCUCAGUGGUUAUGACGUCGUGAAUCGCAUGAAUCUCAGUAGCUUCAGGUUGCCGGCUAAAGUGAAGAAGAUCAACGCUGCCGUUUAUGAUGAGUCUACUGGAAAGAUGUUGUUCUUUGUUGGGAAAUCAUACUACAGCUAUGACACAAACAAGAAGAAGAUGGACAAGGGUUACCCUAAACUGGUGGAAGAGAGAUUCCCAGGAAUGACAGGAAAAGUUACUGCAGCCUACCAGUACAGUAGUUUCACCUACCUUUUCAGUGGAACAAGCAUAUUCGAGUUUAGUGAAACAGUGCUGAUGCGCGUGCUGGGAAACAACUACUUCUUGCAGUGCUAGCCUUUGAUGCCUUUUAUAUUUAUCUGUCACGUGUGAAAGUGAAGAACGU